GCCAAGAACUGAAGUACACUCAGUUUUGGUAGUACAUAUUUGUGAGGCAUUUCCAAAUUGAAAGCUCGCCAAAGAGGUUCAUUUUGAAAGCCAAUUAUCAUUUUAAUCUCUGACAUGCGUGACAGCAUGAGGCGGGUGGACUAAGAUGUAUUUAAAUUAGAGGAAGUAUAACAAAGCACUCCUCGUAAAUGACUGCGGAAAAUCUCCAUUCUUACCUAGGAAAGUAAUUGCAUUAUAUUAAAAAAAAAAGAAUUUUUAAGGGGAAGGAAUGGAACGGCACGUUGCAGUGAAAAUGAAAAACUUUCAGUUACCGUGUGUUACAGCAAUAUACUAUACAUGACAGACCAGUGAACAGCUGUUUCUUGGCAAGAGAGCAGUGCUGAAUUUCUUUUACCAGCCAUUUUAACAUUGUUCCAGGUUUACAAAGCAACAUGACAAAUGCCGCGGAGUGCCCUACACUGUCUUGUUCAGUUACGCUGGAAUGGCUGAAUUCACAGAAUUGUGUUGUGAGAAAAUCUGCUCUUAAGAAUGUCAUUUUAAGGCUCAUCAGAAAUGAGUUCAGGGAAAUAUUUCUUGAAAUCCUUACAGAAAAAGGAACUUCUGUUAACAACAGGUUCCAAUUGAAAGGUAUAACAGUUCACAAAAAAUUUAUGGCAGAAGGGAAAGCAUCGAUAAAUUUUCAACUUCAAAAAUUAAUUUUAUUGAUUUCAAAUGCACCACCAGUAAACCUUCUGACGUUCCUGAAGACCGUAUUUAUAAAAUUAAGUGCAGAUACUGCUUCUGCCAAGGUUCCCAUUAAAUCUAGGUUACUGUCUGCAAAAGAUAAAAUAAUUCAAGAAAUAAGUCCAGUUACUCUGCAAGAGGUAAAUAAAGCAAAGGCAAAAGUAAGCUUACCGAAUACUGUAACUACACCACCAACUGGGAAGAAGAGGCCAUUGCAAACAAUGCAAGUAAUGGGCACCAAGAAAAUUCGGAUUUCCUCAGGUCUAGAUCCCUGUCCUUUAACAGAUGAGCAAAAGCAGGUGUUAGAAGCAGCUCUUAAGGGCCAAAACAUAUUUUUUACAGGUAGUGCUGGUACUGGUAAGUCCUACCUACUUCAGCGAAUUCUAGGAGCAUUACCUCCAGAUGUUACAGUAGCCACAGCUAGCACAGGUGUGGCAGCCUGUCAGAUAGGUGGUGUAACAUUGCACUCAUUUGCAGGAAUAGGAAGUGGUCAGGCUUCCAAAGAACGAUGUAUUGAAUUGGCUACUCGCCCACAGGUUCAGCAGAUGUGGAGAAAAUGUCGUCAUCUAAUAAUAGAUGAAAUUUCUAUGGUUGAAGGAGAAUUUUUUGAGAAACUGGAAUAUGUUGCCCGAAUAGUGAGGAACAAUGAGAGACCAUUUGGAGGAAUACAGCUUAUCCUGUGUGGUGACUUUCUUCAGCUUCCACCAGUUUGUCGUGAUGCAAAACCUGGUCAAGCAAAAUUUUGUUUCCAGAGUGCUGUCUGGGACCAGGUUAUACAUACAAGCUUUGAACUUAAUAAAGUGCAUCGCCAGGCAGAUCCAGAAUUCAUUAAAAUCUUGCAAAAUGUACGGAUUGGCAGGAUCACUCCAGAAAUUUCGGAUAAGUUAAUAUCUACGUCAAAACAUAAGAUUGAAGUGGAAGGAAUACUUGCAACAAGAUUGUGCAGCCAUAUGCAAGAUGCAGAUUUGAUCAACCGUACUAAAAUGGCAGAGUUGCCAGGUGAAACAAAAAGGUUUGCUGCUGUUGAUAGUGACCCAUAUAUCAAACAGUUAGAUCAACAGACACCAGUAGCAAGUGUGAUAGAGCUGAAAGUUGGAGCACAGGUGAUGCUUAUGAAAAACCUGAAUGUUUCGGAAGGCCUUGUGAAUGGUGCAAGAGGUGUUGUUACAAAAUUUAAUGAAGAUGGGAUGCCAGCUAUUCGGUUCUGUUCCAGAAAAGAGUAUGUUAUUCGUCCAGAUCGCUGGGUUGUGAAAGCUGCUGGAGGUACAAUACUUACAAGAAAGCAGCUACCACUUAGACUUGCAUGGGCUUUCUCAAUUCAUAAAUCACAGGGAUUAUCACUGGACUGUGUGGAAAUGUCUCUAUCACGUGUGUUUGAGGCAGGUCAGGCAUAUGUUGCUCUGUCCAGAGCAAAGAAUUUUGAUACAUUGAGGGUUCUUGACUUUGAUCCUAAACAGGUCUGGGCAAAUCCAGAAGUUUUGGCCUUUUAUAGGAAAUUUCGGCGAACUCUACAUGCCAUGGAAAUUGUUCCUUUAGGCAAAAAAGACAGAAAACAUUACUAAAAGUAAAUUAGUUUCAUUAAUUUUGUUUCAUUUUGACACUGUACUUUAGUGCAAUUCUAAAUAAAAUUUUCAGAUUUUUUACAAUUGUAA